AUGGUAGAGAGGUACAAGUUUAUACAAAGACACCAGCGGCAAGGUGAGUCUUCUAGGAAGCACGUUUCGGCGCUUCGUGAGCUGGCGGUAACCUGCCGGUUUGGUGAGUUGCAUGAUGAACUAGUCCGUGAUCAACUCAUUGAGAAGACGAUUCACCAGAAGGUUAGAGAGAGACUGCUGAUGGAGUUGGACGACAUGUCGCGUGAUAAGGCUUUGAACCUGGCUUCUCAAAUUGGGCAGGCGCUGCAUGAAUCUAAGAAGAUGGAAGUUAGAAGGGAGUUUGAAGAGAACAUUGAUGGUUUAGACAGGGAAACUGAUGUUAAGGACACACUAAAGGGUAAAGUCGUAGGCCAUGUUCGUAGAGUUCAAUCACAAGGGAGGGCUAGCACACGAAGUAGUGCAAUAUUAACGUGUGGGAACUGUGGUCUUCAACAUCAACAGUCGAGAGCUUCUUGCUGUCCAGCGUUUGGGUAG